UCUCCGGCGUUGACAUCAUGGUUCAUGGAACAGCUACGCAGAUGCUGGCCAUGUAGAUUCUGUUGCAAUAACGUAGAGAAGAUGGCACUCAACACCGGGACCUAGAAGGCGAGAACAAGAACAGGCACCCAGAUUUCAUCUGCUGAUCUGUUCAUCCCCUGACCAUCUCUCUCUCGCCAUCUCCGGCAUUCCCCGGCAUGACAAGCAUGGAAUCGUUUCAUGUGGAGCGGCGAGCGAGGAGCAGUUGACUUGCCGAGACUUGAUCCGCGAAAAGCCAUGCUUGGUUCCAACGACACUCGUUUUGGUCAGAGCCUCAGAGAGUCGUCCUCCCGGCUAUAAGAAGGCGUGUUGGUGCACACCGUACCACUCACACCAGCGCGUCCACCUUUACCUGUCUGCCAUCGUCUCCUCCCUCGGUCUCACCCAGCAACCAGAUUGCCAUGUUCCCGGUGCCGGCGCUGCUCGCCUUCCUCGUCGCGGCGGUGGGCGCCCAGCCGAUGGACCCUGGCCAGCCGGGCAACCCCCUCCUGUCGGACCCGAACGUGAUCCCCGUCUACAUGAGCCCCGGCUCGCCCCCCACCUACGUGAGCUGCUACAACAACACCCAGCAGGGCCAGCAAGGGGCGGAGCCCAUGUGCUCCGUCCUGGCGCGCCGGUGCCCCAGCGGCUGCCGGGACACCUGCUACGUCCACUGCCCGUCCUGCAAGCUCGUCUGCCUGUGCGAGCUGACCGGCACGGAGUGCUACGACCCGCGCUUCGUCGGCGGCGACGGCAACAAGUUCCUGUUCCACGGCCGCCGGGACGCCGACUUCUGCCUGGUCUCCGACGCCAACCUGCACAUCAACGCGCACUUCAUCGGCAAGCGCAGCGCCCAGGCCGCGCGGGACUUCACGUGGGUGCAGGCGCUGGGCAUCCGAUUCGGCGGCCACCGCCUGUACCUCGGCGUCCGGCGGACGGCCGCCUGGGAAGCCGCCGUGGACCGCCUCGCCAUCACCUUCGACGGCGCGCCCGUGCCGCUGGACGCCGCGGCCGGCGCCAGCUGGAGCCCCGCCGCGGCGCCCGCGCUGUCCAUCUUCCGCACGGGCGCCGCCAACGGCGUGGUGGUGCGCCUGGACGGGCGGUUCCGGAUCGUGGCCAACGCGGUGCCCGUCACCGAGGAGGACUCGCGGGUGCACGGGUACGGCCUGUCCCCCGAGGACGGCAGCCUCGCGCACCUCAACGUGGCGUUCAAGUUCUACGCCAUCAGCGCCGACGUGCACGGCGUGCUGGGCCAGACCUACCGGCCGGAUUACGUGAGCGCCGGGGUGGACGUCGGCGCCAGGGUCCCCGUCAUGGGCGGCGCCCGCAGGUACCAGGUGUCCGACAUCUUCGCCACGGACUGCGAGGUGGGGCGGUUCGCCGGCGACGACGAGGGGCUCGCCGCCGCCGGGCCCAUGGACAUCAUCGAGGAGCCGACCACCGCGCUCUGCGGCAGCGGGAAGGGCGGCGCCGGCCUGGUCUGCAAGAAGUGAGGCCGGCGGCGAGCGAGUUCCCCGUGACGAAAGGGAGGCACCUGCUGGUUUAGUGUUUUUUUUGGGUUCGUGUGUCUAAUUGCGUACGUGCGUGCUGACAUGGCUGCUGCAGCUACGAAGAGGUAGUGGUUCUUGUGCGGCGACCGAAUAAAGACGUGGUGUGACGUGUCUUGUGUUCGUCAGUCGUGACCGUGGGCAACGCUGGAAAAGUGGGCUGUUGCUCCGGUAUCGGAAGUGCUGUAGUGCUGCUAGGAUAGGAUCCGCAUGGUGAAAAUUCCUGCCGGUCGAGUCCUGGCUGCUUUUGUUCUUUAAUUCAAAUAUAAUAAAGUCCUCUAAACAAUCUUUUUCGCAGGGAGAAAAA